AUGCAGCGGAUUGGGGAGUCUUUGAGGGCUCUUUCUGACACGGUUCUCUCCUCAAAGGCAUCUACAACUUCGCAAUUAGUGGAGCGGGGUCAAUCGCAUUGGCACCAACAGGAUGAAACAGACAACUACUAUCUGAACAUUCUCCCUCUUCGAACCAAAAUUGAGUUUCCACGAUUUUCAGGGGAUGAUCCAACAGAGUGGUUCAAUCGUGUAGCUCAGUUCUUUGAAUUUCAGAGAACUCCUAAAGAGCAGAAGGUGGGCUUAGCGACUUUUCACUUGGAAGGUGAAGCGAACCAGUGGUGGCAAUGGCUGAAUUGGACAUACAAAGAGGAAAAUUGGAUGGUGACUUGGACCAUGUUUUCUAAAGAGCUUUGGGCUCGAUUCGGACCGACAGAUGGAGAAGAUUUUGAUGAGGCUCUCUCUCGUGUAAGGCAAACUGGGUCCCUUCGGGACUAUCAACGGGAAUUUGAGAAAUUGGGCAAUCGGGUACAGGGCUGGUCUCAAAAAGCCCUAGUUGGCACUUUCAUGGGAGGUUUGAAAUCAGAAAUAGCUGAUGGAAUUCGCAUGUUCAAACCCAAGACUUUAAAGGAGGCAAUCGGGUUGGCACGGAUGAAGGACGAGCAACUCGCACGGCAGCGGAGGUUUGCCCGACCGAUUCCCCAAUACCUUUCUCCUGCAAAUGCCCCUCAAGUGCCGCAGACCUCGCCGGUGACCCCUAAACGUUUGAGCUGGGAAGAAAUGCAAAAGAGACGAGUUCAAGGUCUCUGCUUUGGUUGCAAUGUGAGGUUCACUCCUUGCCAUAAAUGCCAAGGCCCGCAACUGCUUCUUCUUGAAUGCCACACCGACAAUCAAUCUCAUGGUGACAGCUGUGGGAGUGACAGAUCUCAGUUAGAAGGAAUCGGGGAAGAGGAGCCAGAAAUAUCAAUGUAUGCAAUAACCGAGUGGACCUCACCACGAACUAUGCAGAUCACAGCUACAAUUGGGACGCAAGAGGUAAUGGUAUUAAUUGGUAGUGGCUCCACGCAAAAUUUUUUAAGUGAUAGGAUAGUUGAUUCUUUAAGGCUUCCAGUAGUCCUAACCAAGGCAUUCACGGUCCAUGUAGCUAAUGGAGAGCGACUCCUCUGUCAAGGGCGAUUUGAUAAGGUACCAGUAGUCUUACAAGGAAUUCCAUUUUCUUUUACAUUUUAUUCACUACAAUUGGCUGGGUUGGAUAUGGUUUUAGGAGUUCAAUGGUUGGAAAUGUUGGGGUUUGUAGUUUGUAACUGGAAGCAAUUGACAAUGGAUUUCAAAUGGGAAAAUCAAGCACACAGGCUACAAGGAAUUCAAAAGGGGCUUCAAGCUACUUCCUUAAAGAUCACUACAGAGGAACACCACCAAGGUCAGAUGGUUUUUGCAAUUUAUGCUCAAGCAAUAGAAGCGUUUCAGUGGGACGACGUUCCAACAUAUAUGCUGCAACUAUUGAGAGCAUGUGAGGACAUCUUCCGCAAGCCCACCAAGCUGCCACCACUAAGGGAAAUCAAGCAUCACAUUCCUUUAAAGAAGGGACACAACCCAUCAAUGUUCGUCCAUACUGAUUACAGGGCACUCAACGCAGCCACUGUCAAGGAUCGGUUUCCAAUUCCAUCAGUGCACGACAUGCUGGAUGAAUUACAUGGAGCGGCUUACUUCACUAAAUUGGACCUUCGAGCGUGUUAUCACCAGUGGAAUGAAGAGGUAGAGGAGGCAUUCACAAGGCUCAAACAAGCUAUGACAACCACGCCUAUCCUUGCCAUGCCAAAUUUCUCUAAGCCAUUCAUUAUUGAAACCGACGCUUCAGGAGAUGGAAUCGGGGCCGUCUUAACUCAACAAGGAAGGCCGAUAGCAUUCAUAAGUAGAGCAUUGGGUGUUUCCAAACGGCCGUGGUCUAUUUAUGCUAAAGAAAUGUUAGCUAUAGUGGAGGCAGUUCGAACUUGGAGACCAUACAUCCAAGGCCGGAAGUUCUUUAUUCAAACGGAUCAAAGAAGCCUCAAAUACUUUCUAGAUCAACGUGUGGCCACUUCCGAGCAGCAAAAAUGGGUUGCCAAACUUCUUGGGUACGAUUAUGAGAUUCUUUACCGGUCUGGACGUGGAAACUCAGCAGCUGAUGCUUUAUCUCGACGAGCUAACAGUCCUCUUCUGAAUCCAUUAGUUGUUUCACAGGUGUCUCUAUGGGAUGAUAUACGGAAGGCAGCAAAAGAUGAUGCGUAUUUGCAGAAAUUAUUCCAACAGGCAGCAAGCGAUCCUACGAGGAAUUACUCAGCGAAAAAUGGAUUAUGCUUCUACAAAAACAGAGUGGUCGUUCCUACUGCACUACGCGAACAACUUCUAUAG